AUGACAUUAAACAAAGUCAUCACUGUUAACAUGGGCUUUACAUCAGCCAGAACUGGUCUGGAUCCCACUACUGCUACUAGCUGGAUGUACAGUGUGGAGAAGUUUCCUUUUCAACUCACUGGUUGGGAUCACCGGGUGCCCCACCAUGUCCGACGAGGCGUGGGCACUAGCUCCCAGAUCCCCACCAAGGACUUAAGGGAGAAGAAGGAAGUUGUGGAGGAGCCAGAGAAUGGGAGAGGCACCCCUGCUAAUGGGAAUGCUAAUGAGGAAAGUGGGGAGCAGGAGGCUGACAAUGAGGUGGAUGAAGAAGAGGAAGAGGGUGGUGAGGAAGAGGAGGAGGAGGAGGAAGGUGAUGGUGAGGAAGAGGAUGGAGAUGAAGAUGAGGAGGCUGAGGCAGCUAUGGGCAAUCAGGCAGCUGAAGAUGACCAGGACCAUGAUACCAAGAAGCAGAAGACGAUGAGGACGACUAGACAGCAAAAAAGGAAAAGUUAA